AUGGAGGAUGAUGUUGUACAUAGUCGAUGUACUGCUAUAAUUCAGCAGCUUCUUUCUAGUGAUGCCCAACAACCAAUUCAUCAGAAGCAUCAUCGUAUCAUUACUACCGCAGCUGAAGCUUUACGUCAGCGUGCCAUGCUAUUAUAUCGUCUUUGUCGAGCAAAACAGGAGAAACUCGCCGAAAAUCAAACCGAAGAUGCCGCGUACUGCGUAUUAGCCGCCGUUUCAUCCUGUCAACCCGAUAUGUGGUCCGUUCUGUGUAAUUGGAGUCGCGGUUUACGGCCACGAAUGCCGGAGUUGCGAUUUGGCGCACCUGCACCCAUGACUGUGAAAUUAAAAGAGGUGGAACACUUUAUUGCCCGUACUUCUUAUUUACAACCCGUCGUUCAUACAGAGAAUCAUACACUUCCCAUAUCAUCAGGAGGAGGAGGAACAGGAACAGGAACAGGAGGAAACACUAGAGUUUCCACAUGUUUAAUAGGUACACCAAAUGGUACAAGAAAACAUCCUCGCGAUGAUGAAAAUAUGAAUGGGAGUAAACUGGAAAUGGAGCUGGUGGUACAAUUGGUAUUUAGUUAUUUUCAGCUUAAUGUACCAAAUGUAAAAAAGCUCCACGCUGUGGUUUCUGCCUAUGAAAAGGAGAUGGGAGGUAUAAAGGUUCUUCCAAAUGUAGAAGAAAAUAUAAGCAAGAGACCAUUAGGAUCAUCUGGUCGUCGCUCUGGAGUAAAUACGAUUGCAGGAACUCAUGGAGAGAGUAAUAGUAAUAACACUGGAGCUCUACUCCCUGAAGAAGAUGACUUGGAUGAUGAUAUCAUGGAUACUCAUUCCAUGACACUUCCUUUGGAUACCUCAUCCUUAUGUAGUUCUUCUACUUUUGGUUUCCCAUCCGUUAGUUCUGUUGUUCCACUUCAAUAUUUUGCUCUUCCUAUGGGUUUAAAAGCAUUAGCUGAUUCUAUUGAUUCUGCACGUUCCGUUUUAUUUUAUGAUCGAUUACAGAGAUGCCUACGGAAUCCACUUCUUUAUUCUCCAUUGUCAUGUAUGAAUGAAGCUAAUGCGAGUUUUACAGAUAUAAUGAGUGAAUCACCUAUAGAUGAAGUGGAAGAGGCCUAUUUAUACUUUUGUCACAAUGCAUUUGGAGAUAGUGACGGAUCUUUACAAUCUCCUACUCAUUUUUUACAUCCAUCACGUGCACGACUUCAAUCGCUUAUGCCAUUACCUUUACAAUUAGUGACAGCACAGCAACUCUGGACUAGAUUGUUAGUGGCAGGUUUAUGGCUUCAAGUAUGUAAUACAGAGUCUGAUCACUCCACUUAUAAUACAAUAUUAAACUAUUGUACUAUGAUUGUAAAGGCUGGAGAAAAUGAUCCUUAUUGUGCUGUUUGUGAAGGUCUUGUGAGAGAGAAACCUGCAUUACGUCUUUCAGCAUUAACACAAGGAGAAGAUAACUCUAUCCAUAUGGAUAAUGUAUAUUCAUGGGAAGAGAUAAAGCAGAAAUCUAUUCUUCCUUCUGUAGUAGAAGAAUCCAUCUGUGAUGAAGUGUUGCGAGGUCUCACUAUUCAAUUAUGCCGAAAAGCCGUUAUUGAGGCAGAGAAGGAUACUCUUACUCAAAUUCAAAAUACAACCACAUCCAUGACUCCAAAGAGAAGAAGUGAUCGUACCUCUCUUUCUUCACUAUUUCCUACUCUGCGAGAGUUAUUGUUGGAAGUGCAAGGCUCUUAUCCUCUCGCUGCCUGUCGUGCCGCAUUAAUUGGCGGUUCCAGUGGAGAGACAUAUUUAAAUGAUCUAUUAAAAAGCGAACAUACGAAUAAAAAAAUACAUGAUAAGGGUUGUGUUAAUGGACCUUCAAGAGAGACGCGGUUAGUAAGAGAAUUGAUGGAUACCGUUCCCCGCAUUCCUCGUCUACGUGAGGUGGAUGCAGUGUUGGAGUGCGCUUCGUGUUUAUUGCUGUUUCAUCAGGACUGUGUGUGUCCUGUGCAGCGUGAUGCCAGUGGUGGAAUCUUUCUCUGUCAUGCAUGUAGACUUGCGCGGAGUUCGUGGCUGCUGCCGCCUUUAAACUCCACUACUACCACUGUAGAUAAUGUGUGA